GCUGGCGCGUAUUGAUCGUGUCGGAGUUGGCUAGCCCUUCCUACUACCCCAUUGUUUAGGCGUUUUGGACACGGUCAGAUCGUCUCCCCAUGUGCCCCUAAAUCCACCCACACUGGGGAAUAAAUAGCGCACAAGAGAUGUGAGGCCACCAUGUGAACCCAUAAACCAGCCCAUUUCCAGUCCAGCAGUGGCUUAAGCGGUGGGUAGGGGGCGCUCUCCCACUGGACUGGAGAUGUUUGAGGCGAAACAACAUCGAGCAGUGGAAAAGAAGGAGUCGAGCACAGAGACAGAUGAAGGCCUGGGCAACAGCAGUAAGCACUUCGGCUCAGGGUCCCUGGGCUCUGGGUCUGGGGGCUCCGUGUACCUGUCCGACAGUCAGGACUGGGUGGUCUCUCCCAGCUGCUCGCCGGAAGAAGGCCCCGCCCCCCACAGCGCCAUCUCCCCCAUGUUAGCCGAGGAGACCUUCAGAUACAUGACGUAUCUUGCCUUGGACCCCAGCUCUUACUCUAACUCAGGCUCCUCAGGCUUGACUAAAGUCCUCAGUGCAGACCGAGUCGAGCAGAUGACCAAGACCUACAAUGACAUCGAAGUGGUCACUCAUCUUUUGGCCGAGAGGGACAGAGACCUGGAGUUGGCUGCUAGGAUCGGUCAGUCUCUUUUACAGAGGAACCACCUUCUGCAGGAACGAAACGAGGCCAUAGAAGAACAGCUCGCUCAAGCUCUGGACCAGGUGAACCAGCUGCAGCAUGAGCUCUGUAAAAAGGACGAGUUGUUGCGGAUGGUGGCGAUCGCGUCCGAGGAGAGUGAGACGGACUCCAGCGUCUCCACGCCGCUACGACAGAACCCGCCUCUCGGAGCGGUCUCCACGGCAACGGCAGCCCUCAGCCAACUGGAACAUCUGCAGAACAAACUACAAGAGCUGGAGGAGGAGAACCUGGCCUUAAGAUCUGAGGCAUCUCAGUUGAAAAGAGACACAAUAAGUUACGAGGAGAAGGAGCAACAGCUGGUCAGCGACUGUGUCAAAGAACUACGAGAGUCCAAUUCACAGAUGGUGACUCUGACGGAAGAUUUGUCCAGAAAGAACGAAGAGCUGGUGCGACAUCAGGAGGAAAUCGCUCAGCUCCUGUCUCAAAUCGUAGAAUUACAACACAGAGUAAAAGAGCUUGCUUUAGAAAAGGAAGAGCUACGAAUCCACUUACAAGCCUCCAAAGAUGCUCAAAGACAACUGACCGCAGAGCUGAAAGAAGUGACUGAAAGAAAUGCAGAGUGUUUGGAAAUGCUUCACGAAUCGCAGGAAGAAAUCAAAGAACUGAGGAACAAAAACAGUCCGUUCUCUGGGAUGAGGAGACACUACGGUCUUUACCCCAUGGACUCUUUGGCAGCUGAAAUCGAAGGCACCAUGAGGAGAGAGCUGAGCAUAGAUGAAGAAACGGCUUACGAGGACCAAAGAAUUUCCCAGAAGCGAGUUUUCCAGACGGUUCGCUCCUUAAACGCAGCAGCUUCGUCCAGGCCCCCCUCCGCUGUGCCGCCCAUCCCCGGGUCGGGCAGCUCUCUGGUGAUGACCGCACAGCCCCUCCCCUCCACAGAGGAGGUGAAGAUGGGUCUGCCUGGUUGUCCCGGGAGUAAUGACCUGACCAAGGCUCUGCACAGACUUUCUUUGAGGAGACACAACUUCCUGUGCGAGAAGCAGUUCUUUCAGUCCGAGCGCGAGAGGAAGCUCCAAGCGCUGGCAGCAGAGGGCGACGGCGAGGCGAGCGGCUGCAGUUCCCCCAUGGGCAGCGUCAUGUCUUCGUAUUCAAACCUCUCGGAGCUCUCCAUCGGCUCCACCGUGUUCAAAACCUUCCUCCCAGAGAAACUGCAGAUAGUCAAACCCAUGGAAGGUUCCUUGACUCUUCACCAUUGGCAGCAGCUCGCCAAACCUCACCUGGCGACCAUCUUGGACCCUCACCCCGGAGUCGUUACCAAGGGUUACCGCCCGCUCACCCAGGACGGCGUUUACCAUCUCUCUGAUAUGGAAGAGGACGACGAUAACGAGGGGAGGAGUCGGGGCGUUCUGGAAAAGGGAGCGACCGAACUGGGCAAAGACGAAGAGGAGGAUGAGGAAGAGGGAGGGAUCACGUUUAAAGUCAGAUGCACGUCCACGCCCGAUGAACGGAGGGAGAGGAAGCUGUCUGUCCCGCCGCUUCCUGUACCGCCUCUUUCGCCGAAUCUCCCGUCAUCGUCGAAAGUUGCGGCGACAACAAGUGUCCAAGCAGAGAACCAAUCAGCACACAGCAUUCCAACGACAUCAUCAGGAACCAGCCAAUCAAAUGACAAGAUUAUAGUGACUACUUCAUCAGUGCAAAACCCAGGAAAGAGUCACAGCUCCACUUUCUCCACCUACACCUUCACCACCUGUCGAAUCCUGCACCCGACCGACGUCACACAAGUUACUUCCAGUUCCCAGUCUUCUCUUGCCAACACCCCCAGCUCGAUGCGGACCGGCCCUAGCACCCCAGUGACCCCCUGCAGACUCAGCUUGGGCGACUCCUUCCCCCCUCGCCGCCCUGUUGCGCCCCCUACGGGCAGCUUGGCAAAACUCGUCUUGGAACGCGGCAUUUCCGCUCAAGUCUCCACUGAAAAUCCCCCUCCUCCUCUUCUCCCGCCUCCUCCCCUUUCACCGAAACCUAAAACCCGCCCUCCUGUUCUUCGCCUUUUCCCCGUCACGCCUCCAAACUCCCCUUCUCAAUCUCCGGCGCCCUCUCCUGCCCCGACCGAUCGCCCCGUGGACAAUUUCUUAGCGUCUCGACCGGCAGAGUUGAUCCUCCAAGAUGUUUAUGGUUUGAAUUUGGGGCGAGCGCCUCAUCCGAAUUUACCGAGCCCGUUGCAAGACCCGCCGCCUCAAAUUCCACCCCCAAAACUCGACCACAUGGGUAUUGUUGAGCGGCUACGUAAACUAGGAUUCAAGAAAGUCCUACAGAGCGAAUCGGCAAGACAGGACUCGACUUUUGUAUCCGCGGGUGGAGGGAGUUUACUGGAUGGGCUGAGGCGUAACCAAAGCCUGCCCGCGUUAAUCGGAGCCAAACCAGGGAAGUCCUCGUCAGGUCAUCUGCCCCAGCACCCCACCUCCCUCGCCAUUCCUCCCCCGCCCUGGGGCAACUUGAAGGAACGAAGGCGCCACCCUGGGUUGGGCAGCGCUCCUCCCACUACCAAAUCCUAAAGUUUUAUUCCCCGUAACAUCCAACCACAUAAGAAAACAAACAAAAGGGCUGCACAAUAUAUAUAAAAACUGAAAAAAUAAGGUUCAAUUUAACAUAACUACACUUUUUAUGGCUUCAUUUAUGCCCACGAAGAUAAGCAGAAACAAAAAUAAGCCAAAAUACAGGUCAGAAUUGUGGAGAAUUGAGUGUCUGAAGCAAAGACUAAACCAAAAACAAGUCUAAAUUUGUGCUGAAAAAUUGUGAAAAAUAUAUGAAAUUUAUAUACAAAAAACAACAGUAAAACUGAUCAGUUUUUAACAUUAUCUGAUAAUUUUGUGAUAUAUUGUGCAGCCCUAAAAAGAAUCAUGUUUUUCAAAUGGAUUCCCCUGUUUUUAACCUAAAUUUAAAGCACAAUUUUAUUACAUGUUUUUAGUGGUGAAGCCGCUUUGUCUUUAUGUAGAUAUUUGCUAGUUUUAUGGCCUUAGCUUCCACGUUAGAAGCUCGCGUGUUUUUACUUAGAUAAAGUUAAAAAUUACACUUGGUUUGUCUAGUUAAAAAAGAAGAAGAGAGACGAAAUGAAAGGAUGUGAUGGUUUGAGGAAGUUUAAUAAAGGAGAGAGAGAGGAGACGAAAGAGGGGACGGAGAGAGAGAGAGGAGGACAGAAAGAGGGAGAGAGAGAGAAGGAGACAGGGAGGAGAGAGAGAGUGGAGGAGAGAGACAGAAGAGCAAGAGGAGGAGUGAAAGGAGGAGACAGGGAGGAGAGAGAGCAGAGGAGCGACACAGAUGAGAGAAAGAAGAGAGAGGGGAGUGAGAAAGAGAAGGACAGAAAGAGAGACAGGAGGAGGAGAGAAGAAGGCGAGAGAGAGAGGAGGAGGAGCAAGAGAGGAGGCCAGAGAGAGAAAGAAGAGAGACGAGGAGAGAGAGAGAGAGAGAGCGAUAGGAGGGUGAGAGAGGGAGAAGAGAGAAGGACAGAAAGAGCGAGCGGAGGAGACGGGGAGAAGAGAGAGGGAGAGAGGAGGAGGAGCGAGAAAGAGAGAGAGGAGAUAGAGCGACAGGAGGGAGAGAGAGGGGGAAGAGAGGAGGAGGACAGAAAGAGAGGAGGAGGAGCGAGACAGAAGAGAGACAGAAGAGAGCGAAAGAGUGUGAGAGAUAUGGGUGAUUUUGAAAGAAAAAGCAAGUAGAACAAUGCAUAUGAAUUAUUUAGACUGGUCGGUUUCAUAAUAGGUUCGAAAAGCUUUAGUUCUAGGCCUGAACUAGCCUUAUACCCCACUAAAACGCCACUAAAACUCUCUUAAAACUGUCUUAAAACUCUGCCAUUUUGAUGUAACAACAGUAUACGAAGUUGAGACAGCCCUGCCAGUAUUGAUAAUUUAACGGGUCCUAAUUUUCUGGUCUGUGUUAUAAUGUUGUUUCCUCGUCACGAACAGACCUGGAGUUGUGUUUUGUCUGAUGAAUAAUGCACGAUUACUCAAACAAAACACAACUCCAGGUCUGUUUUUGACGAGAUAACAUCACAAGACGGCUUAAAGUUCGCAAAAAGAAUAAUUUUGAUGUAAUAUAGGACCUCUGACUUGACUGUUGCACAAAUGUAGUAGGUGUGUUCCUAUUUCCGUCCAUUGCCAGGGCCGUGUUUGCAUGAUCUCAAACUACAAUUCCCAGCAUGCACCUGUUUUGCCAAGCGAAUCCUGUUACCAAAUUCAACUGAAGAUUAUUCAGGUUUUGUGUGUGGUGUGUGGUUGUAUGGGGCCUUAUGUAUAAGCUAGAUGUUAAUUUGAGUCCAUGCAAGCCAUUUUUGUACAUAUUUAUUUGAAGUUUCAUAAUUUCUAAUGCAGAUUUUCAGCCAUAUGAUCUCAGGCAUUUGAAUCAGUAUAUUUUGAGGGGAAACCACUUAAGUUUUGAAUUCAGGUUUAGCUUUGAAUUUUGCUUUCUAUGCCGUAUUUGGUUAGAUAGAGCAAAUAUUGUGUCAAAGCUUAUAGAAAUUGGGAAUAAAAAAGGUAUAGCAAAAGAAAACAAACUCAGAUUUAGUGAAUAUUACAGGUAGACUGAUAUUAGUUUGUACAUUUUUACUAUUAACUGUUGUCUGAUACUUGCAAUUAUCCGGCCAUGAUCAAAUCCAUCAUAUUAAAGGUGCACUGCGUAACUUUUCUGCAUAGAAAUGUUGCUUCUUUACCUGGAAUGUUCCACUGUGUUGCUUUAAACCAACCUAGACUGCAUUUAUUCAACAACAAUCCAUGUGUCAUUCAUUCGUUUUUCAAUGUAAAACCAAAAAUAAGAAAACUAAAAAACAACUUCCGGACUUAAACUGCGAUGCCGGACUGAACCAGGACUAAACCAGGACUAAACCAGGACUAACCGUUUUCAGUCCCGGUCUGGCCCUGGUCUGGUCCCAGUCUCAGUCCUGGUCUCAGUCCCGGUAUCAAUCACGGUAUGGUCCCGGUCUCAUUCCUGGUCUGGUCCCGGUCUGGUCCCAGUCUCAGUCCUGGUCUGAUCCCGGUCUCGUACCAGUCUCGUAAUGGUCUCAGUCCCGGUCUCAAUCACGGUCUGGUCCUGGUCUGGCCCCGGCCUCAGUCCCGGCCUCAGUCCCGGCCUCAGUCCCGGCCUCAGUCCCGGCCUCAGUCCCGGCCUCAGUCCCGGUCUCAGUCCCGGUCUCAGUCCCGGCCUGGUCCUGGUCUAAAUCCUGGUCGCAGUCCCGGUCUGGUUCUAGUCUGGUCCCGGACCUGGUUUAGUCCUGAUUCAGUCCUGGUUCAGUCCGGCAUCGCAGUUUAAGUCACGUAAAUGGGAAACAUCUGUUAUCUGUUUUUUCCAUUAUUCAUUUUAACACAAAAUUGAAAACUGAAAAAAAAAAAAAACCCAAAUCAUUAUUUGCUUUUUCAUUUUGGUUUUGGAGACAAAUAAUGAACAAAGUAGUUGUUUUUUCAUUUUCCUAUUUUUGGUUUUAUAUUGAAAAAUUAAUGAACGAAUGAUACACGGAUUAACUACAGGUGUUUCUACAGCUCAAAAACAGUUGGAAAACAUGAGCUGGGUCGCCUCUCCACAGAUCUGAUGAGUAACUUGGCCUGAUGGUGGCACUAUCUGCUUGUUUCCAUGGAGACAGACAAGUUUAGAGCUGAGGCGAAUUAAAGUGAAAGCAAAAAUAAUGACUUAAUUAAACAAUCUGAAUAAAGUCAAGAUAAGUAAUAAAGUUAAUUAGACUAACUCAAUGUAAAUGAGUAAUUCUAGAGUAAAGAGGCAAAAAUUUGUAGAUCCCUUAAUGCCAUACUGUGGAACAUUCCGGGCAAAACAAUAACAUUUCCUUGGAAACUACCAGAAAAGUUACGCAGUGUAUCUUUAUUGUGUAAAGAAGUAUUGCAACAUAACUAUUCCGUAUAACCACUGCUUAAUCCCAGCUAACGUGAGUAACUUAUAUUUUAUUGCACUUUUAAUAUUAAUUUUUGUAUCGUUUUCGUGUCGUCACUGUUUUGAAAUUUUAACUGCAAUAAAUUCUAACAUUAUUUAACUUGUUUUGGCUAACAUUUGGUCGUGAAGUUUUAUUUUAUUUUAUUUUAUACAAGCAAGCGCAUUAAUGUUGUUGUUUAUUAAUAUUAUGCAUUUUGUUUUUCAUUUAAAGGUGCACUGCAUUUCCGCCGCCUGUUUGACAAGUAAUAAGCGGACUCUACACCAGAAAAGUUCCGCAGUGCACCUUUAAUCAUGUAUUCAGCGUUGAUUACAGCCUUGGUUUUACAGAAGGACUCGAGAGCUCAUGUAGGGACUGUAGAUUUACUGUUUAGUGCUAGUGUUGAACCUCAAUAGGAAUAAAAACUGCUCAACAUUUUGUCUUUUUCAAAAUCCUCUGUAAAUUGUCAAUGGCUUUUAAUCAGUUGCCUCUUUUUUAAAUAAAGCUUUGAAAAAAAAAAAAA